GUCUCUAAAGCACAACCAAUCACAGGGGACGAAGGAGAAGCCGACGUAGAGCUGUCGUUAGCUUCAUGCAAAUGUUAGUUUCUUCUUAGUUAUUUAUAGAACAUAGUUUCUUUAAACCACUGGUUAUAAAAAAGGCUAAUUUUAGCCGCUGGAAGAAUGGGUCGAAGCAGGAGCCGAACACCCCCGAGACGAGAGAGAAGACGAUCCCGCUCGGCCUCACGAGAACACGAGCGGCGCCGGCGGGACAGGGAUCGCUCUCGCUCCAGGGACCGGGACCGAGACCGCCGCAGAUCUCGCUCACGCUCGCCGCACAGAAGACGGUCCAGGACUCCUCCCAGACGCCAUCGCUCCUCCUCCCUCUCUCCUGUGCGGCAGAAGGACCGGCGUGACGACGAGCGGAAAGAGGCCAAAGACAAACCUGGGAAGUCCAUUCAGAUCUCAGCUGAGGAUAUGCAAGGCAAAACAGAGGAGGAAAUUGAGAUGAUGAAAAUGAUGGGCUUCGGUUCCUUUGAUUCAACCAAGGGUAAGAAAACGGAUGGAUCGGUUAAUGCAUAUGCAGUCAACGUUACCAUGAAGAGGAAAUACAGGCAGUACAUGAACAGAAAGGGAGGCUUCAACAGGCCGCUGGACUUCAUCGCUUAAAGGUGCCAGCAGCUCGUUUUUCACCACCAGUCUCUCCUCCCUGCAGGAGGACAAGGACAGUAUGGAUUUAUUUCUAUUAAAUGUGUCUCGUGAUGCAGCAAGUCUUUUUUUUAAUUACUAUUAUUAUUUUACCUUGUAAAUAGUUUUUCCUCCAGUUCUCACUCAGGUCAGACCUGGUGGGAGGUGGAGCAUUUUGUUGUUGAGAUUUGUGCCGUAUUCUUAAUAAAUGCAUAAAAAAAAG